GUGCAGAAGGAUGAGGCGGCUACGGACGAUGGGGGCGUCGGGGUUGCUGUGGCCGUAUCCGUUUCCGUCACAGUCGUUGUGGUUGCUGCAUGCAUUGGCAUCUACUGCCUCUGGGCCAAGAUGAUUAAACCAAAGCCGGUGAACGAGCCGUACAACAGCCCGCAGUUCAAUCAGUCAGAUGUGGUGGUGGGUCUGGCCGUGCCCGGUUCGGCUCCAUCCCCUGCUGCAACUCCCAAAGAGGUUGCUUGA